GGAGCAUCACUGGAGUGCAAAGAUGGGUAUAUAUGAAGAAAGAGGAGAUGCUCAAGAUGACGUACAUGGUUCCUUCCUCCCCUCAUUUUGAUCCUCACAACAACCCUGUGAGGGCGAAGGUGGAACCAAAGAGGAAGCCAUUUAGCUGGAGAACUGAAUACGCAGCCUCCAAAGGUGGACGUCCAGUGGAGCUUGUUUAUGCUAUUGGGGGAAUUAGCCCCAAGGGCAAUGUCAGCGGUGUGGAAUGUUACAACCCCCUGGACCACGAAUGGAAGGUUCUGGGUUCUGUCUUGCGGCACCGGAGCGGCAUUGGGGUAGCACCUCUCAAUGGCUCCAUCUAUGUGGUGGGCGGUCAUGAUGGAAUGGUGUGCCUCAGCAGCAUCGAGAGAUACGAUCCUGAAACCAAUGAGUGGAAGCGGGAUGUGGCCCCGCUUAGCGAACCCAAGCAAGAUGUGGCUGUGGCUGAGCUGGGAGGCUACUUGUAUUGUGUCGGUGGCUACGACGGUCUCCUGUGUGUCAACACCACAGAGAGAUAUGACCCGCUGCUUAACAGGUGGUGCAAGAUGGCGCCCAUGAAUCAUCGCCGUAGGAGCCUAGGCUUGGCGGUGCUGGAUGGCUACCUGUAUGCCAUUGGGGGUUCCGAUGGCUACACUACGUUAUAUUCAGUGGAGCGUUACAAUCCCAUGGAAGACAGAUGGACUCCUUGCCCUCCCCUGCGGACCUGUCGAGAGAACCUGGGAUGCGCUGCCUUUCAAGGGAAGGUCUACGUGGUUGGUGGGCGAGAUGACCUCACUGAGCUGUGCAGCGUUGAGCGGUUCGAUCCCCUUGCCAACGAGUGGUCUGCUGUCGUGCCCAUGAAGUCAAAAAGGAGCAAGGUCAGCUUGGUUGCUGCCAACGGCUACCUCUUAGCCAUUGGAGGUUAUGACGGCAUCGUCCAUGUGACCACUGUGGAAGCAUUUGACAUGGAGCUCAAUGCAUGGAGAUGUUUUGGAAACACACAAACCCGUCAUCCUGGUGGAGGUGUCACCAUGAUCAAAACAGCUCCCGAUGAUCUGAAAUCUUUUGAGUUGCCCUGGAGCAGAUAAAAAAAGAAAAAGAAGCUAGCUCUGGGUCCAAGUUUCUUUUGUUCAGUGUAGAAUUGCCAUGCUACUUAUAUUUGUGUUUUUUGUAAGCCGCCUUGAGGGCCUGUGGCUGAAAGGCGGGGUAUAAAUAAUAAUAAUAAUAAUAAUAAUAAUAAACAACUAAUACACAAGCUUGCCCUCUUCCCCCUUCCUCCUCACCUUCCUCCUCUUCCUAUUGCCUUCCCUGUGUCGCAUUUUAGAUUGUAAGCUUCUUGGGGCGGAGACCCAUCCAUAUGUUGCCAUGCUGUUAAACGCCAUGCCCAUUGAUGCUGCUGUACCUAUACGAAGACACACGGCCCGCAAGAGAUCUUGACAAGGCACUGCUGUUACAUGCAACAGCUCUCUGUAUCCCCAAAUAUCUUUCGUUUGACCCUUGGCUGCAAGUAAACUGAAGCUUCGGAAGAAACAGGCUGUGGUGGCUGGUGUCCGUUGAGACUGGCGGGGCGGAAGGUAGGGAGCCCAACAGUGGGUGGAGCCACAGCCAAGGAUUGGCUGAGCCAGAGCCAAGGAUUGGCUGAGCCAGAGCCAAGGAUUGGCUGAGCCAGAGCCAAUGACAGGCAGCGCCAACUCAUUCCAGUUUUGUCCCCCUCCCCCUCCCGGCUGAGUCCUACAAGGGGCCACACUGAAACUAAAGAGGAGAAAGCCAAGACGCAGGGCUGCCCCUUGGACUGGAUCUAAGUAUGAAGGCAGGCAGGUGUGGACUGACUGAGGUUGGUGGGGCAUUGCCUCUUUUGCCCUAAUGGGCCAGCAUCCACUGGAAGCUGGGGAUAAUUAUUUUGUUUGGAGCUGUGUUCCUUAGCACCUUGAAGGAAAAAAAUAACACACAUCCUUUUUUCAGUCCCACACAUUUUUUACAUAAUGCCUCCCCUCCACGCCAAACCCCCAAAUGAACAAACACCCAAACUUCCACCUCCAUUUAGUCUACCUAUUGCAUUUAUUACAGUUGGUAUAGCACGGUGGGGAGGAAAGCCUGGCUGGGAGUCCAGAAUCUGCUAGUUCAAAUCCCCACUCGUGUCUCCUGGGUGUCAAGGGCCAGCUAAAGAUCACACCCACAGGGAGUGGCUCAGGGGUGACGUGCCCUGCCACCUGUGCAGCCGUGGGCAAGCUGCAUAGUCCCAAGGAGCCCAGUUGCCCCCUAGCUGGCAGUUGCGGACAAGGAAGGGGCUGGCUUGUGCAUCUGUGGCAAGCUGAGCAGGCCCUAGCCAGUUGGGGAGGACUAGCAUCAGCGGCGGGCAAUGGUAAACCCCCUCUGAAUACAGCUUACCAUGAAAUCCCUAUGCGUAGGGUUGCCAUAAGUCGGGAUCGAUUUGAAGGCAGUUCAUUUCCAUCUUUCUACUGCAUUUA